UCACACUUGCUGUUUCAGUCAAAACAAACUGAACAAUAGUUGAUGUAUUUAAACAUUUUCGAUGCGACUGCAAAAAUAGGCAUGGAAAUCGGCAACGAUCAGUCCUAUCAGGACUUCUUCGACAAGCUGCGAAGUGAAUCGGGUCCUCGCAACUUGCGCCAGAUCUUCGAGGACGACGAUCGUCCGCUGGCGAACGAAUCAUCCAGUUUGCGCUAUCAGCCAGGCAGAUCCAAGAAAUCGCAGGCAAUGACCAGGAGUAGCACCCAGGAGUCGGGUGAUUCACCGCCUGCCGCAUGGAACACGGCCAUUGCCAAGGUGGUGCAUGCCUAUCAGAGCAGCGAGAACGUGGGACGCGUUGGCCUGGCCCUCUCGAUUCUGGGCGAGAUGGAGGCCACCAAGCUGAUUGUCUACCGGAGUAAGAGCCAGGUGCUGACCACGCUGCAGUUGACACCGCGCGGCGGCAAGGCGAUACUGCGCGAGUCCUAUCUGCAGUUCUACGAUGACGAGCAGCGCUUCUGGAGCCUGCGAUUCGACAAGGAACCGGAUGAGAAGGAAUUCGUAACGUUUAUGGUCAAAAACAAACUGCCAGUGGAACACUAUCUCAGCGAGAUCUCAUCCUCCAGCUCGGCAUCGCCUUCGCGCGAGGAUUUAUCCAAGACCCGGACUAAAGCAUCGGUUACAAAGACGACGCCUAAUCCGCCACAGCCGCAACCACGUUCCCGCGUGACGCUGCCAACGCUGGAGAAGGCGGACGAUGAGGAACCCGAACGGGAAACGGGGACACCUUCCAACGAGGAUGUGAUAGUAACGCCAUUGCCGCGACCCAUAGGCUCGUCAAAUGCUCAUAGGAAACUCAGUUCCAGCUCCCUGGCGGUGGCCACUGCUCCACCGAGCAGCGAUUCCCCGCUGGCUGUGACGACACUUGACAAAUAUCUGGACGAACAGCGUGCCUCUGGUGCGCUGAUGGAGCACAAGAUGGACGCCAUUCUGAAGGCCAUGAAUCGCAUGGGCGGCCAGACGAGUGUUGCGCCCGAGAAGCCCAGUGAUCCGCUGCUAGAACGCGACAGCGAGGACGAGAUGCUGGAGCUGGAGCAGAAGCUGCUCAACUUCAAGCGGGAGAAUCGAGCGCUAAUGCGCAACCUCAAGGCGCGCGAACAGGCGCUGGAGGAUCUGCGCUGCUCGGCGUGCGCCCUUUGCGAGGAGCUACUGGUCCAGAAUGGCGAGCUCAAGGCGCAGAAUGCCCAGCUGUUGUUGGCCAGCCAGCAGCAGAAUUCCGACUUCAGCACAGCUGCUUCCCCUGCCGAUUGUCGCAAUUGCGAGACGUCUUCCCGGCAAAUUGCCAAAAUGCAGCGACACAUUUCCGCACUGCAGGAAGCGCUGCGAAUCUUUCAGAAGGCGGGCGACUCCAGCUCCAGCUCGGGUCGCUUAUAGCACCUAGCGUAGGCGUUCAUAUGUAUGUUCGGUAUUACUAUCGAAAAGUGUAUUAAAUUGUUUGUUAGGUCGCGUAACAUAUCCACAAAUACAAGCCAGACACUAUUAGCUAUCUUUAA